CUGUGUGACGCGUAUCUCCUGCGCCGGCCGGGCUGUGUUUGAAUGUGUCUGUGUGCGCGCGGGUUUCUCUCUGCAUCGCUUUAAAAACCCGUGUAUUUAUUAUAAUUCUGAGUAAAGUGGUCAGACUCUGAUUCAGAUCAGAGAUGAACAGCAGACUGCAGGAGAUCCGGGAGCGGCAGAAGCUCAGGAGACAGCUGUUAGCCCAGCAGCUCGGAGCAGAAAGUGCCGACAGUAUCGGCGCCGUUCUCAACAGCAAAGAGGAGCAAAAGGAGAUCGAGGAGUCCAGAGAGACCUGCAGAGCGUCAUUUGACAUAUCGGUGCCCAGCUCAAAGAAGAAGUGUCCAAAUGAGGGAGAGGACACUGAAGAGGACCUGGAGGAGCACAGGGAGGAUGUUGUGCCUCAGCAGCAGGAGGAGAGCGGCCCGUAUGAAGAAGUCUACAAGGACUCCAGCACUUUCCUGAAGGGUACGCAAAGUCUCAACCCUCACAAUGACUACUGCCAGCAUUUUGUGGACACUGGCCAUCGUCCACAGAACUUCAUCAGAGACGUGGGCUUGGCUGACCGGUUCGAGGAGUACCCCAAACUACGAGAGCUCAUCCGCCUUAAAGACGAGCUCAUCUCCGCCACCAACAUACCUCCAAUGUACCUGCAGGCUGAUCCAGACACGUUUGAUCUGAGGGAUUUAAAGUGUAAGUUUGAUGUGAUUCUGCUGGAGCCUCCGCUGGAGGAGUACUACAGAGAGUCAGGAAUCAUCGCCACCGAGCGCUUCUGGAACUGGGACGACAUCAUGAAGCUGGAGAUAGACGAGAUCUCUGACCUCCGCUCUUUCGUCUUCCUCUGGUGUGGCUCAGGUGAAGGGCUGGAUCUCGGUAGAAUGUGUUUGAGGAAGUGGGGCUUCAGGAGAUGUGAAGAUAUCUGCUGGAUCAAAACCAACAAGAACAACCCUGGCAAGACCAAAACGCUGGACCCCAAAGCAGUGUUCCAGAGGACCAAGGAACACUGUCUGAUGGGUAUUAAAGGCACAGUCCGGCGUAGUCUGGACGGAGACUUUAUUCACGCUAAUGUGGACAUCGACCUGAUUAUCACAGAUGAACCAGAGAUGGGAAACAUUGAGAAACCAGUGGAGAUCUUUCACAUUAUAGAACACUUCUGCCUGGGCCUCCGCCGCCUCCACCUGUUCGGCCGAGACAGCACUAUUCGCCCAGGCUGGCUGACCGUAGGACCCACGCUCACCAACAGCAACUUCAACGCCGAGGCUUACGCCUCCCACUUCUCCACCUCUAACCUGUCCGGCUGCACCGAGGACAUCGAGAGGCUUCGUCCCAAAUCUCCGCCCCCUAAAGUCCUGCCGGAGGGGGUCCGGGGAGCGCCACGAGGAGGCCGAGGCGGGGCGGUGGUGGGGAGGGGCGAUCGAGGGCGGGAGAGGAACCGCUCCAACUUCCGCCGAGAGCGAGGCGGCUUCAGGGGCCGCGGGGGCCCUCACCGGGGGUUUCCUCCGAGAUAAAAAGCUCUCGUUUUGUCAGUUUAUUGUGAAAAUUGUACUCGGACAAAAUAAUUUUUCAUAUGUGAGCAGCAGUUGACUAUGCAGCCUUUGGAGGGUUACUAGAACAAGUCCCUGCACUUAUUUUUUGGUAUUACAGCUUGUGGUCUUUAAAUGCUGAUAUAAUUCAUGUGUUUCAGGAAAUGUUAAAAAAAAAAAAUUUGUUAUCGUUUAUAGUAAUUGCCAGUAUGAGAAUGAUGCCACAGUAUAAAUUACUUUGAAAUUCACAAUUAUUCUGUGCUUGGACAAUUUACAUAAGCCGUCACAGUUUCAUAGUUCCUUAAAUAGAACCCUGUAUAACUGCAUAGGAUAUGUUUUUAGCGUAAUGGUUUACAAGUGAUUUACAGUGGUUUUGCUUUUAUACUUUAAGAACUAAAACCAAAAUCAAAAAGUCCGUCAAUAGACAAGUUGCAGCAUUAGGAGCCGCUGGUGUAAUUGUGUAUGUUUAUGUAUUGGAUUGUUAGAGGAAUUUUGUUGCAAAGAUUGCAGUUUCUACUGUUCUGUCACAAAAGUUGCCAAUCCCUGCAAUGAAGUAGGCAAUACUAGUAAUACAUUUAGAAAACUAGUUUUUUUUUCUGCUUAAACUUUCCUUGUUGUUGGACAUUAAUCUGUAUGAAUUAAACUUGUAUAAAAUGCAUUUCAAACUGCAUUUGAACUUUUUCAACACUUUUGUUGAGAUGCCAUUUUCUGUAUUGAAAUUUUGUUAUAAGAACGUUUUUUUUCUA